AUGAAUACAAAAUUAAGAUGUUAUUAUGAAGUAUUAGGUAUUGAAAAAUCAGCAAAACAAGAUGAAAUUAAAAUAUCUUAUAGAAAAUUAGCAUUAAUGUGGCAUCCAGAUAAGAAUCAACAUCAAUUAUCAAUUGCAGAAGAGAAAUUUAAAGAGAUUAAUAAUGCUUAUACAGUAUUAUCAGAUCCAAAUGAAAGAAAAUGGUAUGAUGAUCAUAGGGAAGCGAUUUUACGUGGUGGUAGAGGUGGUUCAGGUGAUGGUGAUGACGAUGAUGAUGAAAUUAAUUUAUGGCCAUAUUUCAAUACAUCGAUUUUCACAUCAUUCAAUGAUAAUGAUGAAACUGGUUUCUUUAAAAUUUAUUCAAGAAUUUUUGAAAUCAUUGACAAAAUCGAAGAAGGUGAAGAAACCAUCAACGAAUAUCACCACCAUCCACCAAAAUUUGGUGAUUCAACAACACCGAUUGCAGAGGUUUUAAAAUUUUACAGUUUUUGGAAAGAUUUUGUAACAAAAAAGAAAUUCACAUCAUCUGAUCUCUACCAUUUAUCAGAUGCACCAAAUAGACAAAUCAAACGUUUAAUGGAGAAAGAGAAUCAAAAGGAAAGAUCGAAAGCAAGAUCAGCCUACAACGAAAGGGUUAGACAUUUAGCAUCAUUCAUCUAUAAUCAUGAUAAGAGAAUAACAGAAUAUCAAAAGAAAUGUUUAGAAGAAACUGAAAGAAAACAAAGAGAAGCUGAAAUUCAAAAACAAUUAGAUGAAGAAGAAAGACAAAAACAAAUUAAAAAAUUCAAAGAAGAGAAACAAAGAGAAUAUCAACUUGCCAAACAACAAGGUCUCUAUAAAGAUGAUGAUGAUAAUCUUUAUCAAGAUAAUUCAAAUAAUUCAAAUUUUUGUAUAAUUUGUGAUAAAGCUUUUAAAUCUGAAGGUCAAUUAGAAAAUCAUCAAAAUUCAAAUAAACAUAAACAAGAAUUAGCUAGAAUUAGAAAAGCUGUUUCAUUAGAUGAUGAAUUAUUACCUGAAGAUAAUAAUAGUAAUAAUAAUAGUAAUAAUAAUAGUAGUAAUAAUAAUAAUACCAAUGGAAAUGAUAGUAAUGAGGAUGAAGAUGAAGAUGAUGAAGAUAAUAAUAAAAAUAAAAAAUCAAAGAAAUCUAAAAAAGCUAAAAAGAAAUCAAAAAAAGUUAUAAAUUCACAAAUGUUUAAUGAAAAGAGUGAUGAAUUUGUUUUUGGUUUAGUAAAUAAAAAUAAAAAGAAAUCAAAACCUCAAAAGUUUAUAGAAUCUGAAGAAGAGGAAGAAGAAGAAGAAGAUUUAAAAGAAAAUAAAAAUUUAUCAAAUGAUGAUGAUGAUGAUGAUGAUGAUAAUUUAAAUUCUGAAGAUGAAGAUGAUUUAUUAGUAACUUCAAUGUUAAAGAAUUUUGUUUUAACAAAAGAAAAAAAGAAAAAUUUAAAAGAACAAAGAGAAAAAGAAGAAAAAGAAAAUAAAAUUCAAGAUGAUGAAAAUGAGAGUGAACAAGAUAGUAAUAAUGAAGACCGUGAGGAUGAUGAUUAUGAUGAUGAGGAUGAAGAAGAAGAUGAGGAAGAGGAUGGAGAUAAAAAAGUUAAAAAAGAUAAUAAAAAAGAUAAUAAAAAAAAUACCACAACAACUACAACGACCACAACAACAUCAGCUACAACAACAACAAAGAGUAAAGGUAAAGCAAAAGAAAAAAGAGAAAAGAAAGAAGAGAAAAAACAACAACAACAACAACAACAAGGUCAAACUGGUGGUAGUGGUGAAUCAUUAUUUUGUAAUGUUUGCAAAGGUGAAUUUCCAAGUAGAAAUAAAUUAUUCCAACAUAUAAAAGAAACUAAACAUGCUCAAGCUGUACCUUCUUCAGGUGUUAGUAGUGGAAAUAAAAAGAAGAAAUAA